UUCAGCUAAAACAGUCUAUAUGGGUGAUUUUUUUGGUACAUUUUUCAGCCUCGGUAUAAUACAGUACUUCAUUGGAAAUUCAUUUCAAUUUAAUUACUUUUAGUUUAAUAUACAAAUAAUUGGCUGAAUGGUUUUUGUGUCACUCAAUUGGUUCAGUAGUUGAACCUGCAACAAGUCCUGGCAGCUAUGGAUGCACACGCACCAUCUAUGCACAUAGCAAUGUUUCCAUGGUUUGCCAUGGGCCACUUCAUCCCAUUUCUUCACCUCUCCAACAAGUUAGCAAAGAGAGGCCACAAAAUCUCCUUCUUCACCCCCAGAAGAACACAAACCAAACUACAACAUCUCAACCUUCACCCACACCACAUCACCUUUGUCCCCAUCAAUGUUCCUCACGUUGAUGGUCUUCCUCACGAUGCUGAAACCACUUCAGACGUGCCCUCCUCUUUGUUCCCACUUAUUGCCACCGCUAUGGAUAGCACAGAGAAGCACAUCGAACUUCUCCUAAGGGAACUGAAGCCACAAAUUGUCUUCUUCGAUUUCCAACAUUGGUUACCAAACAUAACACGAAGCUUGGGCAUAAAGUGCAUACAAUACUGGAUACUUAAUCCAUCAACUAUAGCAUACCUCUGGAACGGACCAAGGCAGAUCCAAGGAGGAGAGUUAACCGAAGUUGAUCUUAUGAAGCCACCUAAGGGGUUCCCUGAUUCAUCCAUCAAGCUUCAUGCACAUGAACUUCGAUUCCUUGCUGCCACAAGAAAACUCGAGUUUGGAAGUGGUGUUUUCUUGUACGAUCGCCUGGGCCUAGGUUCAAGCUUGGCAGAUGCUAUUGGAUUCAAAGGUUGCAGAGAAAUCGAUGGUACAUAUGCUGACUAUCUUGAAAUCGUGUAUAGAAAACCUGUUCUAUUUUCAGGGCCUAUUUUACCCGAGCCACCAAACUCUACUUUGGAGGAAAAAUGGGUUUCAUGGCUUGAAGGAUUCAACCCUGGUUCUGUUGUUUUCUGUGCAUAUGGAAGCGAAGGCUCGUUACCGGAAAAUCAGUUUCAAGAGUUGUUGCUUGGUCUGGAGCAAGCAGGUUUUCCAUUUCUUGCAGCACUUAAGCCACCUAAUGGGUUUGAAUCUAUUGAAGAAGCUAUGCCAAAAGGGUUCGGAGAAAGGGUUCAAGGAAGAGGGAUUGUAGAUGAAGGUUGGGUGCCACAACAAUUGAUCUUAGGACACCGUUCUGUUGGGUGUUUCAUAACACACUGUGGAGCUGCUUCUGUGACAGAGGCACUUGUGAAUAAGUGUCAGUUGGUGUUCUUACCUAGGUUGGGUGCUGAUCAUAUUAUAAAUGCAAGAAUGUUUAGUAGAAAGUUGAAGGUUGGCGUGGAAGUAGAGAAAGGGGAAGAAGAUGGGUUGUUCACAAAAGAAAGUGUAUGCAAAGCUGUGAAGACUGUGAUGGAAGAUGAGACUGAGGUUGGAAGAGAAGUGAGAGAAAAUCAUGCCAAACUGAGGAACUUCUUACUAAGAGACAAUUUAGAGUCGACGUGUGUUGAUGGUUUCUGUCAACAACUUCAAGAUUUGUUAUAAUUUCUGAGCUUUAAAGUUCAAAUGAUGGACGAGUUUCCCAGUUGUUUACAAAUAAAUUUGUUCAACGAAUGUUGUGCAUUUGAUGAAUAGGAGCACUUAUUAUUUUCUAAACUAAUUCUGAGUUUCAAUGGCUGCGAAUCUAAUUAAGUUGUUCAAUUAUCAAAUGUGUGUACUCAUUAAUGAAUGAUUCAAAUUAAAUACACGUACUCCACGCUUUCUUCUC